CAAAUUGACGUGGCUCUAAAUUUUAGUGUUUAGGUGUAUUUAGAGGCUGAAAUUGCAAUGCAAAAAGUUUUGCACGCAAUUGGUCCAUUAAAUUAAACGGUGAAUCGGUGCUGGAACAGUGUUUAAAUAAAUUCAACAAGUACGCACCAAAUACAUACGCGAAAACGCGAAAAUCGCUCACUGAUUAACAGAGAGCGAGAGUGAUUGUGUGCGAGAUAGAGGCCGAAGCCCGCAAGGCAGCGCCGUUGUUCAUUGUCAGCAAAAAAAAAGAGAGAAAAAUAGAAAUUUCGUUUGUUGCGUGCCAAUUGCAAAGGAAUUAUUAAUACAAAGCGCCCCAUUGCAACUGCAACUGCAAACACAAUAGAAGAAAAAUACACACAGCAUUGGGCGAAAACGCAGUGAAAAGUGUGUGCAUGCUACAGAAGUCAAUUAACGAGCACAGGGCAAGAAGAAGAGCCAACUACAAAGUGCAAGUGCUGGUCAAGUACACACACACACACAUACACACACAAACAUACGUUCCAACGCCCUUUUUCCAGCGAUCCCAUUAGUUUGGCAACAUUGACGACAAGAAAGCUGCAUUCCAUGAAUUGAAUUGUGCCCAACGCAGAAUGUCAGCAUACAAUACAAAUUUUGUGCCACCCGCGCCAAAUGGCAGUUCCGGCAGCUUGGUUAAUGGUCAGCCGCAGCCGCAGGAGCAGCAGCAGCAGAUUUACCUGCAACAGCAGCAGCAGCCGCCGCAGCAGCAAAAGCCUGUUGCACCGCAGAAGCCAGCCCAUCAUUUCCCUCAACAGCCAACGCAGUAUCCCAUAAAUGCCACGCCCACUGGCACUGCACUGCCGCCACCUCAAUUCAAUAACAAUGCGAUGAACAAAUUUCUGCCGCCACCCAUGAGCAAUGGUCCAGCGCCGACGGCACCGCUCACCAAUCUGCCCGUGCAUCUGCGUCCGACCACGCUGAACGGACCCACAGCAGCCGCCACGCCAGUUGCGCCCAUUACCAAUGGCAGCAAUGGCAGCAAUGGCGCACUGAGCGCCAACUCAUCGCGCACGGCAUCGCCUGGUCUGAUCAGUGGCAAUGCUAGCUUGGUCUCGGCGGAGGCAGCUGCACCACCAAAAGUAACGCCAUCCAAGCAGCAGUUUGUGGCGGGUCCCUUGGGCAACUCAAUGCAAUCGCUGCAGCAGCAACAACAGCAGCAGUCGAAGGGCGCCUCAAGCACUACGAUGCCGUCGGCUCAGCAGUCAUUCACUGGUCAAUUGGGACCCACGUUGGGCGCCUCAAUGCCGCCGUCUGCCGGUAACUUGGGCGCCUCAAUGCCGUCGCAACAACUGACGAUCGGCCAGUCGGGUUCCACGUUGCCGCCACCUCAACAACCGGCCAGUCAAUCGGGCAGCGCAUUGGGCGCCUCAAUGCCGCCGUCUGCCAGCAACUUGGGCUCCACAUUGGGCGCCUCGAUGUCGUCACAACAACUAGUGAUGAGUCAGUCGGGCGCCACAUUACCGUCACAACAACAAACGAUGAGUCAGUCGGGUUCCACGUCGUCACCACCGGCCAGUCAGUCGGGCUAUGGAUUGGGCGCCUCAAUGCCGCCGUCUGCUGGCAACUUGGGCGCCUCAAUGCCUUCGCAACAACUGACGAUCGGCCAGUCGGGAUCUACGUUGCCGCCACCUCAACAACCGGCCAGUCAAUCGAGCAGCGCAUUGGGCGCCUCAAUGCCGCCGUCUGCUGGCAACUUGGGCCCCACAUUGGGCGCCCCAUUACCGUCGCAACAACUAACGAUGAGUCAGUCGGGUUCCACGUCGUCACCACCGGCCAGUCAGUCGGGCUAUGGAUUGGGCGCCUCAAUGCCGCCGUCUGCUGGCAACUUGGGCGCCUCAAUGCUUUCGCAACAACUGACGAUCGGCCAGUCGGGAUCCACGUUGCCGCCACCUCAACAACCGGCCAGUCAGUCGGGCAGCGCAUUGGGCGCCUCAAUGCCGCCGUCUGCUGGCAACUUGGGCCCUACAUUGGGCGCCCCAUUACCGUCGCAACAACUAAUGAUGAGUCAGUCGGGUUCUACACAACAGCCAUCGGCGAGUCAGUCGGGCGCCUCAAUGCCGCCCCAACAGCUAGCGAUCAGCCAGUCGUGUCCCACGUUGCCGCCACCUCAACAGCCGGCCAGCCAGUCGGGCGCCUCAUUGCCGUCCCAGCAGGCGCAACCACCCGUCAGCCAGGUCUCCAGCAUAGCUAGCCAAAUGCAGAACAUGAAUUUGAAUCCCAGCAAUGGACCCAGUCCGGCAGCAUCUUUUGCGCGUAAGGAUUACCGUGGCGUGGCAAAGGGCCUAGCUGGGCCCGUUCCAAAAUUGGACACCAGCGGCGCCAAUACAUUGCUGGCAUCGAGUGGACUGGCGCCCAGCCUGCCCAAUCCCAUGGCUGUGCCGUUCAAUGCCGCUGUGCCCCGCAACGGGAGUCCAGCGAACGUGUUUGGCGCCGUCUCGGCAGCACCUAAGCUGGUACCAAGGCCAAUGCCGCCCACCGGACAGAAACUGGCAUACGGCAUACCAGCUCCGGCAACAGGAGCGCCAGCACCAGCACCAGCUGUCGCGGAGCAGAACAACAAUGCGGAAGGUGCCGCUGCGCCGCCAACAGCGCAACGGCCACCGAUGUGGCAGCCGCUGGCUGGUGCUAUGCCCGCCAUGCCGACUGCACUGCAAACGCCGCAGUCUUUUAUGCCGCCGCCGCUGCCGUCAAAUCAGCGUAUGCCAUCGCAGGUGCAGCUGCCGCCCUUUGGACCGCCAACAACCAUGGAGCAGCAGCAGAAGCAACAGCAGCAACAGCAGCAACAACAGCAACAACAGCAGCAACAGCAGCUCCCCCAGCUUCAGCAGUAUCUGCCACAGCAGCAACAUCUGCCACAACAGCAGCAACAGCUCCCCCAUCCGCAGCAAUAUCCGUAUAAGCAAGCGUUUCCACAGGCGAUGCCACCGCUGCCACAGCAGCAGCAACAGCAGCAGUUAAGUGCACCCGGAAUGUUUGGCGUGCAGCCGGGCAGUGCGCCGUUACAGUAUCAGGCGCAGGGUGUGGCGCAGCAGCCGCUGAGCGUAACGCAGCAGGGUUUCAGUCGUCUGUGGGGCCAGGAUACCGUUGAUCUGAUGCAGAACCGGCAUAUACUGUCGCCGGCAACGCUUGCGCCGCCGAAAGUUGUGCUGCACAAUCAAUUCCACGAGUCCAUCAACUGCAAUCCCAGCAUUAUGCGCUGCACGCUGGCAAAAAUCCCGGAGAGCAAUUCGUUGCUGCAAAAGUCGCGUCUGCCGCUCGGCAUAGUCAUUCAUCCGUUUCGCGAUGUCAACAGCCUGCCCGUGAUACAGUGCGUCAAUAUUGUGCGCUGCCGCCUGUGCCGCACCUACAUUAAUCCGUUUGUCUACUUCGUGGACAGCAAAAUGUGGAAAUGCAAUCUCUGCUAUCGCGUCAAUGAAUUGCCCGAGGACUUCCAGUUCGAUCCGGCUACGAAGACCUAUGGCGAUGUGACACGACGACCCGAGGUGCGCUCUAGCACCAUCGAGUUCAUAGCGCCGUCGGAGUACAUGCUGCGUCCACCACAGCCGGCCAUGUAUCUGUUCUUGUUCGAUGUGUCGAUAAUAGCGCAACAGAGCGGCUAUCUGGAGUCAGCCUGUUCGGUGCUCAAUCGCCAUUUGGACGAGAUGCCGGGUGAUGCGCGCACCCAAGUGGGUUUCAUAUGCUACGAUAGCUUUGUGCACUUCUACAGCAUGGCCGAGGGCCUAAAUCAGCCGCACGAGAUGACCCUGCUGGAUAUUGACGAUCCCUUCUUGCCGCGCCCAGACAGUUUGUUGGUUAAUCUCAAGGAGUGCAAGGAACUUGUAAGGGAUCUGCUUAAGCAGUUGCCCAAACGCUUUGCUCACACCCAUGAUCCUGGCUCGGCCCUGGGUGCGGCCCUGCAAGUGGCCUUUAAGCUGAUGCAAGCAUCUGGCGGACGUAUAACCGUAUUUCAAUCGUGCCUUCCCAACAAGGGACCCGGGGCGCUGGAACCGCGCGAAGAUCCCAACAAUCGCUCGGCCAAAGAUGUGGCGCAUCUGAAUCCAGCGACAGAUUUCUACAAGCGUUUCGCUCUCGAGUGCUCCGGCUAUCAGAUUGCAGUCGAUCUGUUUCUGAUGAAUCAACAGUAUAGCGACAUGGCCACCAUAUCCGGCGUUAGCAAACACAGCGGUGGUUGUGUGCACCACUUUCCGCUCUACCAGAGGACCAAACAGCAUAUGGUGGAAUCGUUUAAGCAGUGUUUCAAGCGCUAUCUCACCCGCAAGAUCGGCUUUGAGGCGGUGAUGCGUAUACGCUGCACACGUGGCCUGCAGGUGCACACAUUCCAUGGCAACUUCUUUGUGCGCAGCACGGAUCUGUUGUCGCUGCCCAAUGUUAAUCCGGAUGCCGGCUAUGGCAUGCAGAUAUCGUACGAGGAGAGCCUAACCGAUGUCAAGACCAUUUGCUUCCAAGCGGCGCUGCUCUAUACGAACAGCGAGGGCGAGCGACGCAUACGUGUCCAUACUGUGUGCCUGCCGGUGACCUCGUCCCUGCCCGAGGUAAUGCAUUCCGCCGACAUGGAAGCCAUUGUGGGUCUGCUCUCCAAAAUGGCAGUGGAUCGUUCGACAGCAUCGAAUCUAUCGGAUGCACGGGACGCCUUCAUCAAUGCGACCAUCGACGUGUUCAAUGCAUUUAAGAUUGCACAAAAUCUGCCCUCCGGCCAGAGUGGCCAACUGAUAGCACCACGAAGCCUGGCCCUGCUGCCCCUCUACAUUUUGGCACUGCUCAAGCAUCCCGCUUUUCGCGUGGGCACCAGCACGCGCCUGGAUGAUCGCGUCUUUGCGAUGGACAACAUGAAAACGAUGCCACUGGAUCAGCUCAUGAAGUACAUCUAUCCCGAGCUGUACAAAAUCGAUGCACUCGUCUACCAUGUGCGCAACACCAAUGUGAGCACAACGCAGGAAGACGACGACGAUGAUGAUGAGCUGCUGCCGGAAAUGCAACGCCUGCAACUAUCUGCGGAGCACCUGGACUCGCGUUCAAUAUUUUUGAUGGACUGCGGCACGCUGAUUAUGAUCUAUGUCGGCAUUAAUGUGCCCACCGAUGUGCUGCAAGCUUUGAUGGGCAUUAGCUCGACCUCUGAACUGGCCGAUUACGUAUACGGUUUGCCCAACGUGGUCAGCGCCGAGAACGAUGCUCUGAAGCGUUUUAUAUUGCGUCUGAACUACGACAAGCCCUACGCGCCGCUAGUGCAAAUUAUUAGGGAUACGAGCACUGCGAAGGCGCAGUUUAUUGAGAGAUUAACGGACGAUCGCAGUGAAUCUAGUUUGUCAUAUUAUGAAUUUUUGCAACACAUUCGGGCUCAGGUUAAAUAGUACAUAAGUCGAAAAUCCUACUACUAUUGUAUGCAACAUAAAUACGAGUUUAUCCGAACUUAAAAAGAAAAACUAAACAAAAAAGUAAAUUUAACAAAAACUCUGCUGACUAAAAGGUAGACAGGCAAGCCGGGCCAGGCGGGAGGAGUUGCUGCAGCCAGCUCAUAUUCACAUUAGAUACGCAUCAUAUGUUCAUACAACCCCCCACCACCACCAUCACCACCCCCUCCCCUCACCACGUAACAAAGAUAUGUAAAACUAAGUGCAUAAGACAAGUAAAUGAAUGAGAGAAAUGUUAAAUAGAAUAGAACUAAGUAACAGCUAGAGCUGCACAUUGCGAAGAUCGUAGCUCGUUCUAAAAAUGAGAAAAGAGCGAAAAAAGAGAAAAGAAAAACCUAGUUGUCCUCCUUGAUAUAGAUAAUUAAAAAAGUGCAUAUAUUUAUUUAUUUGUUGAUUUGUUGCACUAAAAAUAAAUAAGAAACAA